AUGCGGCAGCUCUUGGCCAUCCUCUGCUGCCUGGCGAUGCUGACCAGUGCCUGGAGCAGACAACAUUUUGAGGCCCUGUCAGAGGAAUUGAUCAACUAUGUCAACAAAUAUAAUACUACGUGGCAGGCUGGACAUAACUUCUACAAUGUGGAUAUGAGCUAUGUGAAGAGGCUGUGUGGCACCCUGCUGAACGGUCCCAAGCUGCCCCAGAGAGUUGACUUUGCUGAGGAAUUAGAUCUGCCUGAAAAUUUUGAUGCCCGAGAAAACUGGCCCAACUGUCCAACCAUCAAAGAGAUCAGAGACCAGGGUUCCUGUGGCUCUUGUUGGGCAUUUGGGGCCGUGGAGGCCAUUUCGGACCGGGUCUGCAUUCACACCAAUGCACAUUUCAGUGUGGAGAUGUCUGCGGAAGACUUGCUCACCUGCUGUCACAUGGAGUGUGGGAAUGGCUGCAAUGGGGGCUUUCCCGCUGGAGCUUGGAACUUCUGGACCAAGAAAGGUCUGGUUUCUGGUGGCCUCUAUGACUCCCAUGUAGGCUGCAGACCUUACUCCAUCCCUCCAUGUGAGCAUCACGUCAAUGGCUCCCGGCCCCCAUGCAAGGGAGAGGGUGAGACUCCCAAAUGCAGCAAAACCUGUGAGCCUGGCUAUUCUCCAUCCUACAAAGAAGACAAGCACUAUGGAUAUAGUUCCUACAGCGUCCCUUCUUCUGAGAAAGAGAUUAUGGCUGAGAUCUACAAAAAUGGUCCGGUAGAGGGAGCCUUCUCUGUGUAUACAGACUUCCUGUUAUACAAGUCUGGAGUGUACCAGCAUGUAACUGGAGAAGAGGUGGGAGGCCAUGCCAUCCGCAUCCUGGGCUGGGGAGUGGAGAAUGGCACCCCCUACUGGCUGGCUGCCAACUCCUGGAACACUGACUGGGGUGACAGUGGCUUCUUUAAAAUCCUUAGAGGACAGGAUCACUGUGGAAUCGAAUCAGAAAUUGUGGCUGGAAUCCCACGUACUGAUCAAUACUGGAAUAGGAUCUAA